AUGGCUAAGCCUAGCAUCAUGAGGCCAGGAAGUAUAGCCUUAACUCAAACUUGUUAUUUCCCUGCCUUCGUCCUGCUUUUGUGGUUUAUGACUCUGGGAGAGGCAAGGAAGUCAUUUCUCAGUGUUCUGAAUAGAGCAAAGACUGAAAAACUAUUUUUCACAAAGAAUGAAGAAAUGGUCAUCAGAAGAUCUAGUUAGGCUAAGUGGCCAGACUCCAGCCGUCUCUUUUUGCAAUUAGAUGAUCUUAAACUGCUGCAAGUGGUGACUGUGACAAAAACCUUGACAGGUGAAGAUGGAGACACAAAUUUGACCAUUCAACUAUGGGAUUCUGAAGGUAGGCAAGAAAGACUCAUUCAAGAGGUAAUGUUAAAGUCAAAGUGCCUAAACAAAGCAAAGAUGGUCUUCAAGGCAUUAAUGCGUAUUGAUUGAAAUACCCUAGUGCUUAUGCUACCAACUGCUUUUGGUUGCAAUAUUGAAUUACAGAUGUUUCGAACAGUACGAAACACUCCUUUGCCAGUAAUUCUUGGCAAACUGGGGCAAUUACACAAUUUUUUUCUUAGGCCAUUUUAUGGAUUUCUUUGGACACAGAAUUUGGUGUUAUAAGAGGCACGACAUGGCUUUGGAUUUGUAAUGACCUACACAUGCCCAGGAGGAGUGGGGUGUUUCUUUGUUUUGCUUCUAGAUGGAGAUCUCAUUUUUGCUAUUUUGAUAACUUCAACAUUAUUGCCCCUGAUAAUGAUACUUGCCAAUUCUUAUAUAUAUAGUAGGCUGUUAGGGUUAUCACGUACAUUUCAUGUUGCUGUUUCUAAAAUUGUAUCCAUACUCCUUUUCAUCAUUCCAACAUCAGUUGGAAUAGUCCUCAAGUGUAGCAUACCUGAAAAAGCAAACUUCCUGGAGGGAAUAAUUAGACCGAGUUUUAUUUUAAUGUUUGUAGGGAUUUAUUUGACUUUCAGAAUGUUUCUAGAUAACCUAGAGGAGCUUUCAUGGGAUGUCUUAGUUCCUGCUUUGGGUUUGUUAUUUGGGUACACUUUUGUUAAAAUUUUUGUGCUGCCUGUUCUUGUUUGUAAAAUUGUUGCUAUUGAAAGUGGGACCAGUUUCUUAGCUCUGCCAUUAUUCAAUUCUUUUUCACAGUCCAAGGCCGACUUAGCUUCUGUGGCUCCUUUUAUAGUGGUCAUGUAUUCUGGAUGUGAAAUGUUACUGAUCUUUCUGCUUUACAAGGCUAAGAAAAGAUGUAUUCUUAUCAUAGAAGAUAAAAGGAAAAAGAAAUCCCCUGGGCAAACUUCAUUACUGAAUUCCCACUCUGAAUGAGGUACUGUGGGAGAUUCAAAGAAUAUCAAAAAAUGAUGCCUGUUUUCAGUUCACUACAGACGAUUAAUGUACAGAAAUUCAGAGGAAGGUGCCCAUUUUUCAAACAUGUUGGUUUGGAAAUGUUUUAGAGAACUGGAUUUGAAUAGGACACUUUAUUGUCUCUUAAACGGGAAGGGCAGUAAGAAAAUAUUCCUUCUGUAGUGAUUGUGAUCUAUCCCAAGUAUUUAGGGAAGGGAUCUCCAUAGAAUAGGCAGACAGUAAAUGCUCACACAGUGAAUGAAUAUGUAAAUUCCUAUCUGGGUCUCUCAUUGGCUCAUCAGAAUCAGUAUGUCUUAAAUGUAGCACCUCUGCUGUCAUAACUGUGCUUAUCUGGUCUUGCACAUCUCCCACUCAAGACAUUACCAUUUACCCUGAAACACAGGGUCAUCUCUUCCUCUUCUCCUUUCUUCCUUCAUUCUUUCCUUUUUAGUCAAAUUAUUUCCUACAAAAAGUUUCCUAUAAUAUCUUUUCACCAAUCUCUUCAUUCCCAGUAAUAUCACUUUUGUUCUCCCUAUGUUGUUGCUUCCCUAAACCUUUAACUCACUUUUGGUCCUUCUGUCCACUUUCCAAUCACUAUCAGGUUAAUUUUAAAAUCUAACUUUGAUCAUGUAUCUUCCCUGCUGCAAGCUUCUUUGCCUUUUGAAUAAAGUUUGUAUUUCUUAGUGAGGUGUUUAUUAUACUCCCUGACUUCACUCUCUUUCCAGUUUUAUCUCCACUCCCACUUCGUAUACACAACCUUGCUCCAUUCAAACUGGAUGACUUAGUAUCUCAUGAAUAUGCCUGUGUUCAUGCUAUUCCUACAACCUACAAGGAGGCCUACCUCCUCUUUACCUCGAUUUUGACUAUUCCUACAGACCCGGCUCCAAUGUCACCCUCUCCAUGAAGCUUCUGCUAAUCCCACUUAGCAACCUGUAAGUGAGAUUUUCUCUAAAUUUUCCUCACAAUUGUUUAUAUUUCAUAUUUAGCCAACUUGGCUUGUUUUACAGCUGUUUAUAUUCCUGUCAUAUUCUGUUUUGCUAUAAAUUCUUGAACAUGAGAAUUACAAACAUAAUAUAUAAACAACAUGAUAGUGUAAGCAGUAUUCAUUUUGAUACUCCCCAUGUCUAGCACAUUUCCUGUAUGCUUAUUCAAAUAAAGGGCUGAAGUACAGACUAGGCCCCAAAUGAAUAGUGUGCUUGUUUUAUAACACUUCUCAAUUUUCAGUGGCAGUUUUUAGUAUCUAGUUCAUUUGUACUCCUCCCCAAAGAUCAUGCAGGCAUCAAUAUUGAGAAAUAUUUCUGUAAUCCUGUUCCUCACAUUUCCUAGCCCUGGAGUAGGCAAGUUAAUCUUUCUAUAGUCCAGUAUCCUCUUCUAAAAAAAUGGAGGUGGUAAUGUGAUCUCUGUCAAAUUUUGUGGGAAUUGUCAACUAAGAAAAAGAGGCAAAACUAAUGAAAAAAUAAAGGUCUUUUCUUUGGA